CAUCUCCCAGACCGAGUACGACGUGGCCGUCACCCCGAUGUACGACGAGGGACCUGGAACCACGAUGAUCGGAUCCGCUAUCACAGACGUUGUUCCCGCCCCCAAGAACCUGCGCUUCUCUGAGGUGACCCACACCUCGUUCAGAGCCACCUGGGAGCACGGGGCCCCGGAUGUGGCCCUCUACCGCAUCAGCUGGAACAAGGCGGGGGACACCAACCGUCAGUUUGCCAUCCUGAACAACGACGAGACGUCCCACGUCAUGGAGGACCUGGACAUCGACACCAAGUACGAUGUCACCGUCACAGCCAUCUACCCAGACGAGUCAGAGAGCGAGGACCUGAUGGGAAGCGAACGCACACUGUUGAAGGCUGCGGAGGUGCCUCCGGAGCCUCCUCGCAAUAUGAGGGUUUUAAACGCCACCGUCUCCUCGCUGACGGUGAAGUGGGACCACGCCCCCGGCAACGUCCAGAACUACAAGAUCACCUACAGACCCACCGCUGGAGGCGAGGCUCUCGUGACGCAGGUCGGAGGGAAGAAGACCAGCGUCAUCCUGCAGAAGCUGGGGCCGGACACUCCUUACUCCAUCUCUGUGGCGGCGGUUUAUCCCACUGGCGUCAGCAAAGACAUCUCCGGAGACGGACGAACCAAGCCUCUGGGCGGAGUGAAGAACCUGCAGGUGCUGAACCCGACCAUGACCACCCUGAACGUGCGCUGGGAGCCRGCCGAGGGCCGAGUGAAGGAAUACAGAGUGGUCUACGUUCCUGCCGCCGGAGGAGCUGAGAGCACGGAAACAGUGUCAGCAGGUACGACCACCACGACCCUGCGAAGCCUGCAGCCCGACACCCUCUACACCGUCUCUCUGGUGCCGGUGUACGCCGAGGGAGAUGGAAAGACCAUGUCUGAAAAUGGAAAGACAAGGGCCCUGGGAGGUGUGAAGAACCUGAGGGUCACCAACCCCACCAUGACCUCUCUGACCGUGGACUGGGAGCCUGCAGAUGGCGCUGUUCGCCUCUACAAGGUCUUCUACGUGCCCGUCGCCGGAGGCAAAGAGGAGAUGGAGCAAGUUCCCGCAGGCACCACCUCCAUCAUCCUCAGGAACUUGUUUCCCGACACGCCGUACACGGUGUCGGUGUUACCGGUCUAUCCGGCCAGGGAGGGGAAACGCCAGUCAGAGAACGGAAAGACACUGCCUUUGGGCGGAGUGGACAACAUGAAAGUGACCAAGCCAACCAUCACCACGCUGACGGUGACGUGGAACCCUGCUGACGGAAACGUUCAGGGCUACAAAGUCAUCUACACUCCUGCAGACGGAGGACUGGAGAUCGUGGAGCAAGUGUCGGAGAGCACCACCACCACCGUCCUGGAGAAGCUUCUGCCCGACACCCGCUACACCGUCACCGUGGUGCCCGUUUACGCCGAGGGAGACGGACCCAGUCUGUCCGACAGCGGCAGGACAAAGCCUCUGGGUCUUGUGAGGAACCUGCAGGUUACUGAUCCGACCACCAGCACUCUGAACGUCCGCUGGGAGCCGGCCGAGGGCAACGUACGGGAAUACAUCGUGAUCUGGGUGCCGGUCGCCGGAGGAGAUCAGGAAGUG